CGGACAGCAGCUUAAAUAAAGAAGUGUCAGGAGGGGACUAGAGAGAUCACUGGAGGUUGCCUUCAGCUGAAGGGACCCUGAAGCAGCUGCAAGGAAGAAGCCAGCACCACUCCCUUCCAGAGACACCGAAAAACCCUUUUGCUCGUCUUGUGUGCUCCUUUCCCACUGCGAAAUUGGAGGAUUCGGAGGAAAGGGUCCCACCAGCAGCCCCCAAGGGAACACCAUCAGCCCCCAAAGGCCUGGGAGAUGUGGCUCUAAAGGUCUUUGCAAAAGCACUGCUCCAGCCUAGUCUUCUCUUCAGCUCUGAUCUGAAGAUGUCGUCCAUGUUUGGCAAACCGCGGCCUGCUCCAUGCGUCCAUGAGCGCCAUCUCUCCAGCCUCCCCCCCGAAUGCAAUGUGGCCAUUUUAGGAUGCCGAGGGUCUGGAAAAUCAGCACUGACAGUGAAGUUUCUAACCAAGAGGUUUAUAAGUGAAUACGAUCCCAAUCUAGAGGACACUUAUGCAUCAGAAGAGAUAGUGGACCAACAGCCGGUUUUGCUGAAGGUGAUGGACACAGCCGACCAGGACAUCCCAGUGAGCUGUGAGCGAUACCUGAACUGGGCCAGCGCCUUUAUCGUGGUUUACAGCAUCGACAAUCGGAAGAGCUUUGACGGAUGCCGGCAGUACCUGGAUAUCAUUGGACUCCACCUGAAGAAUGCCCACCACGAGUCGCCCGUUCUCCUGGUGGGCAACAAGCUGGACAUGGAGCAAUACAGACAGGUCACCAAAGCUGAAGGCGUCUCUCUGGCCACAAAGUACGGCGCUCCCUUCCAUGAAGUCUCGGCCUGCCAGGAUUUUGAGUCAGUGCAGCACGUUUUCCACGAAGCGGUGCGGGAAGUGAGGCGCGAGACGGAGAGGUACAUGGCCGUCCGGCCCUUGUUCAUCAUCGAAGAGAAGCCUUCCCUCCAUUUUGCCCCGCCGGCCGCUGUGGCCACCAAACCAGGCUUGGCCAGCUGCACUUAUAACACUCUUUCCACGGUGAACUAUAAAGAAAUCCCUUCCGUAGCCCAAGCCAAACUGGUCACGGUGAAAUCCUCGCGGGCUCAGAGCAAGAGGAAGGCACCCACGUUGACUUUGCUGAAGGGUUUUAAGAUAUUUUAAAACAAAGGUGGGCAACGGCUGGAGGUCGGAAGGACACAUUGACUUUCCUUGGGAGGCCACAUCCCCAACCCUCACCAUAUCCAUUUUUGAAAGAAUUCAAAAUGCUUUCCACCAAAAUGCCCCCAUUAGAACCAUUUUGGGGGAUGUCUGGACCAUUUCGGUUUGAAAACAGGACUUGCCUUGAUUUAUAAGGCAAAAAUAUGGCAUGGUUUCCCUGCAUAUUCCCUAGCAUGGGAGGCCAACUUUGGCCCAAAAAACAUUUGUAGAUUUGCCUGGGUCCCUGCAAACCUUAAAAGCAACCCUGGAUGCAUCACUGUAAAGCCUGCUGCAAGAUGGAGAGGAAACCUGCCUAACCGAUCGGUGCAAUUAAGCAGUUGUUUGAAAUGCCAACAUAAAGACUUUUCUUGCAGUCAAGGUGAACUCUUGUUGUACAGCAAAGCAUUCCCACUGAUUUGGUUCCUGACCGGAUUUUAAACUUAAGCAUGCUGGCUGAAACGCAGUGAGCAAGACUGUGGGCAGACACCCUUCUGUACCAACCUUUCCAACAGGAAUGCUGAAGAAUGGAUGGAAGCGACACAGAUUCCCCUUUGCAGAAGUAUUGUCAUAUGCAACUUCUUCUCAUUCUUGCUUUGUGCUGACAUUCCCAAAAUUCUGUGCAAUUUUUCUAUGAAGUUUGUGAUCUGCGCAUGUGAGGAUGAAAAAAAGGAAGGGGGAAGUUGACGCUACUAAUUUUGGUCCCUUCUGUUGGUGAAAACCUUUAGGUUUCUGCAUCGGAGAGCAAUGGUGGAUAGCCGUUCCCACAUCUGCACAGUGGGGACUGUAUUCCAGGUUUUAUUGGAUUCAAAGACAUAGCCACAUUGGUCUGGAAAAUGAGUGUGCAAAGGGAUCUUGUAGCACCACGAGUCGAGGUUGACACAAGGGCAGUUGACAACAACCAAGAGCAGCCCUGAAUCCAAUCCCACAAAGAAGCUCAGCAUCAUGUAGAGCUCCUUUAAAAUCCUAUAGUGCUACGCUUCUCAAACCUUUUACCGCUGUGAUCCCUGUAAUUGCUUCCUUAGAGGAACAUAUGCAUGCAACAGACACCAAGAGGAAUCUAGGUAAAAAUCUUAGCAAAAUAAAAUGUGGCGCCUUCCUGAUGAAUUAACAAAACACACAACAAAAACUCCUAAUGAUACUGUAUUCUCCUUUUCUGGGUAGGGUAUAUGCGUAGGAGAGUAGAAAUGGCUUUAUCAUAUGCCUG